CUUUCCUUUACACAUUUGUCUUUUCCGUUAAACUGUAAUUUGGUUUACAAAACAGGGGAGUAUACAUCAUAUGUGUAUAUAGACGAUUCGCUUAUUUUCUUAAAGCAUACUGCGAUGGCAUCAGUGUCAUUUUGUACAGUAGUUUCCUUCCUGUUUUGUAUGGUGUAUGUAGAUGCAGGCCAGAAAUGUCAUGGAAGUCCUAGGAUGUACAAAGGCAAGAGAUGUGCCUCAACAACAUUCUACCACGACGGGCGGAAAGGUGCCUGCGGCUGCGGCCCCGAUCAUACUGACAAACAGUUUUGGUGGAAUCGCAAUAGCUUCGUCACUGCUCCAAACCAACAUUUGUUUGAUAGUGGCGGCAAAACAUGGUGUGGUGGAGUGUGUGGAAAAUGUUUUAGACUUACAACAACAGGCGGAUGGAUUAAUGGGCAAGGAGAGGAGGUACCCGAAGGUCAAAGUUACGUGUUUAUGGCGACCAACCUGUGUCCAAACAAAUGGCCGAACCUAGCAUGGUGUAGUCAGAGCUGGCAGAAUGGAUACAAGAACAAAUAUGGCUACGGUGCCCACUUUGAUCUGGAGGAUGGUGCAGGCCAAAUUGCAGCUAUUGGUUGGAAAGGAAAGAACCCGGAAGUCACGUGGGAAUGGAGUGACUGUUACUGGCCACAUAAACAUGACCGAAGGACACCAAAUGAUGGAAUGUAUUCACAGUGUUACUGUUCAAGACAUCCUGGCGGUGAAAAGAAGUAACGAAACAAAAAGAACGAAACGACGAUACAAUUUGAAUUGUC